UCACUCAAAGAUGGCGUCGGCUCUAGAGCCCCUGGUCUCUGGCUGCAUUUUUAGGCUUGUUGUUGUCUCCGUUUCGCACGGUUUUGGCACCUUCUCCUCGGCGGCUCGUCACGAUAUCCCGGAUUUGUCAGCUACCGUGGUGCAAUAGGCAUGAAGGUGAUCAGCCCUGGCUGCUCCCUAGGGUGAGAUAUCUGUUCCAUCCAAGAGCUGAGAAGUCCAGUGCUGCUGGUAAAGAAGCAAAGAACAAGUGGAAGAGGAGGGAACGUGAAUCAACAUCUCAUGGAUCGUCACUAUUCGCAGGAAACAUUUUUACUGUAUCGCCCUCGCCAUUAUCAUUGAAACACUAAUUCCAUGUCUCGGAGAAGAUGAGCAUCUUUCACUACACACUUUGAGAACUUGAUAAUUUAACAGCAGCCCAAAGCGGACUGAACAGGUGUUGACAACUUUUUAUUUCUGAACACCCCUUUUAAAGAUCUACUAUACAUUUCUCUGUGUACUGUUGGAGUUCAAGUUGCUAAUAGACCUUUUACUUCCUCCACGCCCCCUGCCUCUCGCCAAGGACCGUCGCCUUGUUGGGAGUGGGUGGAGGGUGAACGUGACUUUACCGGGUGGAAGCGUGGUUCAGUGGGGUUUGUGCUAUGGUUAGCUGCUCCCAUCCGGGCUGCUCAUACUCAGCUUCUGAGGGACUUUCUGUUCGACCCCAGGAUAAGGGAUAGUAAGCAGGCAGAGGGCAAAGAGGAGGAGGCGGCGCUACGGCGCAGGCCAGGUAUUUCCUCGCCUUACGUCCCUAUUGUCUGUCAGCGGCCAUUGCAGUAAGGCCACUAGGCCUCUGCACCUACCCAGGCUGCAGCCAUGGUGAAACUGGCAAACCCGAUGUACACCCAAUGGAUCCUAGAGGCCAUCAAGAAGGUAAAGAAGCAGAAGCAGCGACCGUCAGAGGAGCGCAUUUGCAAUGCUGUCUCCAUGGUCCAUGGUCUUGACCGCAAAACGAUUCUAGAGCAGUUAGAGCUCAGUGUCAAGGAUGGAACAAUCCUAAAGGUCACGAACAAAGGUCUAAACUCCUACAAGGACCCUGAUAACCCUGGACGCUUGGCUCUGCCAAAGUCUAAAGGUGGGGGCAGCUCUGAAAGAGGUGGGGGAGGUGGCAGCAGUAGUGGCUGUGGUAGCUCUCACUCCCACUCGGGGAAGAAACCGGGACUCGACUGGAACAAGCUGAUCAAGCGGGCGCUGGAGGGUCUCCAUGAGCCUGGUGGCUCCAGCUUAAAGAACAUUGAGCGCUUUCUUAAGUGCCAGGCUGAUGUGGCGGCCUACUUGUCGGGCAGCGGCUCCAUGGGGCCUGGCCUCUUCCACCAGCACCUGAGGGUGGCCUUGAAAAGGGCAGUGGCCCAUGGACGUGUGGUUAAGCAGGGUCCAAUGUUCCAGCUCGUCAGCCGCAGCAGCUCCCAGGAUGAUGGGACAGGAAAAGUGUCACUGGGAUCACUACCACCUGUACGGUUGAUGCCUCAUGAGAAAGACAAGAUUUUCCUGCAGUCAUGUCACCCACUGUCUUCAGUGAAGUGCCACAAUGAAGCAUCUCUACACCAUGAUGCUACCAUGAUGCUUCCAUGCAUUAACCCUGUGGCAGAGCCCAUCCCAAUCUGCAGUUUCUGCUUGGGCACCAAGGAGCAGAACCGCGACAAGAAGCCGGAGGAGCUCAUCUCCUGCGCCGACUGUGGCAACAGUGGCCACCCGUCCUGUCUCAAGUUCUCCCCAGAGCUCACAACGCGUGUCAAGGCUCUGUGGUGGCAGUGCAUCGAAUGCAAGACUUGCAGCAGCUGUCAGGAUCAAGGAAAGAAUGCGGACAACAUGUUGUUCUGCGACUCCUGUGACAGGGGUUUCCACAUGGAGUGCUGUGAUCCUCCCCUCACGCGGAUGCCAAAAGGCAUGUGGAUUUGUCAAAUCUGCCAACCCAGGAAAAAGGGAAAGACACUUUUACAUGAAAAGGCAGCACAAAUCAAACGGCGAUACAGUGCACCACUGGGACGGCCCAAGAACAGGCCAGGGCGGCCCCUGAAGAAACUUGGGCGUGGUCGGCGGAAGCGUUCGGUCUCGGCCAACUCGUCCUCCAGCUCCUCCUGCGAAGGUUACCCCGGUGACGAUCGGCUGCUUUUUUCGAUGCGGGACGACGACGACCUUUCUCAGAGCGGCCUGCGCUUCAAUAACAAGACCAAGGGCCUCAUCGACGCCCUCACAAAAUUCUUCACACCGUCACCAGAGGGCCGCAAGGCACGACAGGAAGUGGUGGACUACUCUCAGCAGUGCCGCAUCCGUAAGAAAGCCAAUCGCAAGGGAGAAGGAGAUGACAGGGGGGACAAUCAGGAAGGCAGUGACUGGCGUGACGAAGAUGAAAAACUACCGGGCCAUGAGAACCUGACGGAAAAAGACAUUGAACUGUUUCGACAAAUCCAGGAGCUGGCACUGCAGAAAGUCGGGGUAACGGGUCCCCCGGAUCCUCAGAUGCGCUGUCCGUCAGUUAUUGAAUUUGGCAAGUUUGAAAUCCAGACGUGGUAUUCAUCUCCCUACCCCCAGGAGUACAGCAGGCUACCCAAGCUCUACCUGUGUGAAUUCUGCCUGCGCUACAUGAAGAGUCGCAGCAUACUCUACCAGCACAUGAAGAAGUGCAACUGGUUCCACCCUCCUGCCAACGAGAUCUACAGGAAGGAUAACGUCUCUGUAUUUGAGGUUGAUGGGAAUGUGAGCACAAUCUACUGUCAGAACCUGUGUCUGCUGGCCAAGCUGUUCCUGGACCACAAGACCCUCUACUAUGACGUGGAGCCCUUCCUCUUCUACGUCCUAACACAGAACGACGGCAAAGGCUGCCACCUCGUCGGCUACUUCUCAAAGGAGAAACACUGUCAACAGAAAUACAACGUAUCAUGCAUCAUGAUUCUUCCACAGUACCAGCGCAGGGGCUAUGGACGGUUUCUCAUAGACUUCAGUUACUUAUUAUCGAAGCGUGAGGGACAGCCUGGAUCUCCAGAGAAGCCAUUGUCGGACUUGGGUCGGCUGUCCUACAUGGCCUACUGGCGCAGCGUGGUGCUAGAGUGUCUCCACGAGGUCCGUGACCGGCAGAUCUCCAUACGACAGCUCAGCAAACUGACGGGUAUCUGCCCGCAGGACAUCACCACCACCCUGCACAGCCUCACAAUGCUGGAGCAGCGAGGAGAGAGACUCGUCCUGGUGCGAAGGGACAAGCUGGUGACGAAUCACAUGAGUCGUCUAAAGGCUCGGCCGCGGCAGCUGGAGGUCGACCCCGAGUGUCUGCGCUGGACUCCCGUCAUUGUUACCAACACCGUGGUCUCUGAUGGUGACGGAGAUGAUGAUGACGAGGAGGAGGACGAAGAACCCAGGAAAGACAUCCACAAGGAGAUCAAACCAAUUCACAAGGUCCCUCCAAUGUCCUGGCACAUGCGCCAACGGAAGAAAAGGGAGCAGGAAGAGGAGGAGGACGAGGACGACGAAGAUGAUGAUGAUGACGAUGAUGAAGAAGAGGAAAGGAAGGGCUUUUUGGGGUUUCCCCUUGGCCAAAGCUCUCCAACUUCCCCUCCCAUCCGCUGUCCACCCCCUGUCCAAGAACCACCACGACCCCCUCCGCCAACAAACGGAGAACGCAGACCACGGGGACGCCCACCCAAAAACUGGCCUUGGGGCAAGGUGAAGGACAGCGCAAGGGUUGGAAGGCCACCUAAGAUUCGCCCCGUGGAGGACGAUGAUGAUGAUGAUGGGCGAACAGAGGGAGGAAAAGCCACUGGCUCUGCCAUAGGACCCCCCUCCCUUUUCUCCCUCGACAGACAAGAGUCCACAGCCUUUCACUCACUAGACAUGGCCCGGCACCCCUCCAUAACCCCUGCACGAAGAGGGCGGCCUCCAGGGAAAAAGACAGGCCCGAAGCCCAGACUGAGUGAAGGGCCUGGUGAGGGGCUGGCACAGCUUCCUUUGGUUUCCAGGUUAAAUGAGCCUCCGUCUGUCAGGAAGAGCUGCUUCAGUGAAAGCAGUGAAGAGGAGGACGAUGACGACGAUGAUGAAGAUGACGAUGACAGGAGAGCUUGCUCCCCACCCAUCCUCACUAAGCCUGCUAUGGGGCUCAAAUGCAAGAAGCCCCUGAGGAAACGUCGCUUUCGCCAGCGCAGCCACCCUCACAGCAGCGUGGUGACUGAGACCAUCUCUGAGACCACGGAGGUUCUGGACGAGCCCUUUGUAGACUCUGACUCAGAGAGGCCUAUGCCCAGAUUAGAGGAAGAGACGCCACUGGGCCACCCACUGCGCCGUUACCCCCCAGCUCGCUCUGCAUUGAGGUUAUCCGACCCCGGACCCAAAAGAGGCCGGCAUUCCAACCUCUCAGAUUCAGAGGAAGAUGAACUAACACCUGUGCUGAAGCCUGUGGCAGAUCUGCCAGCAACUCCAUCAAAGACCCUAGCAGCCAACUCUGACGUCCCAGUGAAGAAGAAGAAAGGCUGGCCCAAAGGAAAGAGCCGCAAACCACUGCACUGGAAGAAACGGGGACCUGGUAAACCACCUAGUGGCGGGCCCAGCCAGAGAGGGGCUGCAGAUAGCCAGGCCUUAAGCGGGGAUCCCCCACCCCCUAAAAUCAAGAUGAAGCCAGGCCGCAAGCCCCGCAGCUGGUACCUGCAGCGAGCCCAAGAAGAGGCCGAGAGGCAGGAGCAAGAAAGACAAAGGCUGUUGGAGCAGCAGCUUGACAAAGACCCUCAGAUGCUCCAGAAAGACGAUCGUAACAGCAAGCGAGUAUGCUUAACCAGCACUGACAGAGACACCAAACAGAAAGACUCAGAUGAAGAGGACGACUAUCUCCCUAAGCCUGUUGAGCAGAAGGUGCCCAAGAGGCGAGGGAGACCGCCCAAGAACCGCAACCUCUGCCAGCCGCCACAGCCUGCCCCCAAACCCCCUCCUCCCUCUGAGCCAGAGGAGGAAGAGGAGGAGGACGAAGAAGAAGAGUCUGAAAGAGCCUGGGAAGAGGACAAGCCGAGCCGUCCACUGUCCCGUCCCCUGCUGUCCCCUUCUUCCUCCUCUUCCACAUCAGGGCCCCAGGCCCCACAGUGCCGGCCCCAGGACACAGAUAUGGUCGACAGGGAAGAAGACGAUGAUGAUGAUGAUGAGAGGGAGGAAGAGGAGUGUGGCAGUAUGGGCAGUGGUGGCGGUAGCAUCAACAGACGAACAGCCGUCACGCCAGGUUCAGGAAGCAGACGCAGUGAAGACCACGAUGCAGACGAUGAAGGCGACGGACACUUAGAGGAAAAGAGCAACAGCAGCAACAACAGCAGUAAGAAAAGAAAAAGUCAGGACUCCGAAGAUGACGAUGAUGAUGAUGACGAGGAGGAGGAGGAGCCUGCCUCCCAGGCAAGCUCUCCACCGGUUAAAGAAGAACCCCAAGCCGGAGAGGCUUUUUUAGACAUGGAGAACAGCGUGGCCCGGGACUAUGUCAGCAAACAGGAGGAGGAAGAAGAGGAGGAGGAGGAGGAGGAGGCUGAAGAGGAGGUGCAGGACACCAAGUGUCGGCCCUCCUCGGCUGACCCGCAGCAGGAAGAGCGGCGGCGCAGAGAGCAGGAGGAGUCUGCUGCAGCUGCGGCAGCAGUGGAGACAGUCACAGCCAUGUCUGUUCCCUCUGAGCCCAUGGAGCUCCAGCCUCUGCACCCCGACGACAAGGACGUCACACUUUUAAUGGAACCCCAGCACACACACACACACUCUCACCCUCACCAGCAUUCUGAAUUCAAAGAGGAGCUGGGCCACCAUCACCCACACCACCCCCACCACCACUCUAACGAGCUAGACCUGGAGACUAUGCAGGCCGUCCAGUCCCUGACACAGGGGGAAGCCCAGGACGAAGAGACUGAGCCCCAGCCACACCACGGGGCUUACCAGGACUGUGAGGAGACUUUAGCUGCCUGCCGGACCCUGCAGAGUUACAGCCACACGGGGGAGACGGAGGAGGAGGCCCUGGCCUUAGUAGAGGAGUGUGGGGCCUCCCAGCACAGCAGUCCCCUCCCCAAUCCCCCUGUACCACCCCUACCCAGUCAGUCUGUGCGCUCGGUUAAUAGUCCGGGGUUGCCCUCAGGUAUCAUGGACACAACUUCAGCGGGGCAGAGGGGAGGGACACCUAUCCCCCCAGGAGCCGGGGGCAAUGGUGGAGGUUCUGGAACGGGGUACACCCAAAUCACACCAGAGCAUCCCAGCUCUCUUUCUGCCCCAUCCCAGCAGAACAUGGAGACAUCGCCGAUGAUGGACGUGCCAUCUGUAUCAGACCACUCGCAGCAGGUGGUUGACAGCGGCUUCAGCGACCUGGGCAGCAUAGAGAGCACCACAGAGAACUAUGACAACCCCAGCAGCUAUGACUCCACCAUGGGUGGAGGGGGCAACGGAGGAGGGAACGGGGGCAACGGAGGCGGGAUGUCAGCUGCUGUUAUUACAGGAGCUUCCACAGCUUCUUCCUCUUCAGCCUCCUCUUCUUCCAGCUCGGCCACACCAUCCUCCUCCAACAGCUGCUCCUUUGUGCCAGCCCCAACCCUCACAUCACCUACGGGUACCGGAGGAUCCCAGCUAGCCAUGGGCAGCUGUAGCCUCAUUCAGCAAACAGGACCAGGGCCCAACAGUGGGCCAGUUGCGAGUAACGUAGGCAGUGGUGUGCCCCAGCCCCCACCACCCCCACCCCCAUCCAACACACCCAACUGUGGCAUUAAGUCUCCUCAAAGCUGUGGUGUGAUUGAAAGGCCUCCCAGCGCCAACCAGCACCAGCAGCAGCAGCAGCAACAACAACAGCAGCAGCAGCAGCACCAGCAGCAGCAACAGCAGCAGCAGCAACAGCAGCAGCAACAGCAGCAGCAGUCCCAAAAAAAGGUUUCUCAGCAGCCUACGCAGCAGCAAGCCCCCAACCCUCAACCCUCAGCACCGCCACCACCACUGCAGCAACAGCAGCAGGCCUUGUCCCAGUGUAGCAUGGGUAACGGGUUUGCCUCCACGCCCAUGAUCAUGGAGAUACCCGAGAGUGGAGGCGGAGGAGGUGGCCGCACCCUCUAUGAGCGCAUGGGUCAGGAUUUUGGCACAGGGGGCUACCCACAACCCUCUGCAACAUUCAGCCUGGCCAAACUCCAGCAGCUCACCAACACCAUCAUGGACCCCCAUGCCAUGCCCUACUCUCAUUCAGCCUCAGUCACCUCCUACGCCACAAGUGUUUCUCUGUCCAACCCGGGGCUGGCCCCUUCACCCCACGCUCCCCUCCCUCAGGGCCAGCCCACUAUGACGCCACCUCCCAACCUCAGCUCUGGCUCCAUGAAUCUAGGCUCCUUGCAGCUGCAGUGCAACAUGCCUGGCACCAACAUUGGCCUGGGACCCCCGCCGCACACUCAGAGGCUACAGGGCCAGAUGGCUACAGUCAAAGGCCACAUUUCCAUACGGUCCAAAGCCACCCAGCAGCUGGCCCCAGCCCCACACCAGCAGCAGCUCUAUGGUCGCAGCUCAGGGGCCGUGGCCAUGCAGGGCACACCACGCACCUUGUCCGUGCAGCGUGGCAUGAUGCCAAACCUCAUGCCCACACCGGCACAGUACAAUUCCAUGAACAUGACACCCCUGAACGCCAUGUCUGCCGGCUACCGAAUGCCCCAACCCAUGAUGAACAGUGGUUAUCACGGCAAUCCCCCUUACAUGAACCAGGCAGCUCAGUACCCCAUGCAGAUGCAAAUGGGCAUGAUGGGAGGGCAGGGUUACCCACAGCAGCCUAUGCAGCCCAAUCACCACGGCAACAUGAUGUACACUGGCCCCUCCCAUCACAGCUACGCUGGUGUCCCAAAGCAGUCGCCGUACAUGAGUAGAUGAGCAGCCAGGAACUGAAAAAGGAGGCACUAGGCCAGAGCUGAUCUUGCUGUACUCUAAAUGUCCAAUGCUCCUGCUCACCCUCUCCGGUGCCUCAGCGGGUACCAGGGAGAGCGCCUGAAAGAAACAGAGAGGGUCUUUGGGGUUCCUGUUUUUCUAUGUUGAGAUUUCGUCCCCUUUUAUUUGGGUUCGUCUCCCCUCCCCUCCCACCUGGCUGUGUAUGGGAGCAAGGCUGAAGGGUUUCUGGCGCGGGGUGUGUACAUGGACCACGACAGUGCCAUGCUGCUUCGUGUCAGGCGCACACAGUCGGCAAACGUGGCUUCACACAGACGCAGGAGACUCCACCUCCUCGUCAAGUGCAGGAGGAGAGACGGGGAGUACAAGAACAACGAGGACAGACAAAUCAGGAGUACCUUGCUUUGUCAGACUGCGAAUGAAAGCUGAAUAUAUUCAAACAUGCACACAAUCUUUUAAUUAAAAUAGGAAGCCUUACCUUGAAAAAAGAAAGACAAUGAAACAUAGUAGGCGGAGUCUUGUUUUGUUUUGUUUUGUUAAACAUGAUGUUAAAUCUUAUUUUUGUUGUCGAUGUUUUUGUUGAUUGUUUUUUUAAAUACUUGUGUGCAGUCAGACCUCUUAUAUGCUUUGGUCUUUAUAUGUGCAGUGAUACACUCGCGCUCUCUCAGAAAUACCGAAACAUCUCUGCAGGCCACCCGGUCACACAGCUUUUCACCCGGUUCCAGAAAAGCAUAGGAGCGGGACCUCCGGUGUGCGAGCUGUUUUGUAGAGUCUUUGUCUUCCUGGAAUGGACAGUGUUGCUGUACCAAAACACAGCAAAGACACAGAGGAGACGAGCGCGUUACUGUCCAUUUUAUGUCCAUAAAUAAAAUAAGUAGCAUUAUUUUCCAGUUUACCGCCGCUCUGAAACGUUUAGAUGUAAAUAUUCUGGUACUUCCCAAUAUCCAGCACACACAAACACACACAGGCUAGCUGUCGGCAACUGGUGGCUGGCUCAGGAAGCAUUCAGCUGUUCCACACUCCACUGAAAGACGGUGUACAACGUCAGCCUUUUUUUUUUUUUGCAGUUUAGGAAAUGCAGAACAAACAGUGGGAUUCCCAUUGAACUGCUUUAAAGGAAAUUAUAGCUGACCUCCCCUCCUUAAGUGUUAGUGACCCAAAGAGGUCGAGGAGUCUGCUUUUGAAUGGUGUAUUCUGUUGAAACUGUAUUUUUUUGUUGUUCUUUUUGCAAAAAUCUGCACUCCCAUUGGCUAGAAACGUGGCAGUAUGCCUUUUAUAAAAGGUGUGCCUAAUUGCCUGAUCUAGUGCAUGGACUGGCCCUCCUAUAGAGAGGCACACUCUACACAUGAAAGCAGGUUCAGAGGGGAGUUAGUGUUCCGAGGUCCUGUCGGCUAUGGAGGUGAACGGUUGACCUUGUUGCUCCAUGUACCAGUAUUCAAAGACAAAAGAGGAGUUUUUCGGUUUCUUACAGACGUGACAUUGCAUACUUAAGUUGUGUGUAUUGUUCUGUUCUGUACUUCCUUUUUGUUGUGUUUCUUUCUGAAUUUUAUCAGACUGGGCAGCUUUCUUUUAUGACACGAGCUGACUCUUUUUGACUUUAGAAAACCUAUUGUAGAGAAAAUGUUUUUUCUAUAAUAUAAAAGGAAAUUCUGACAUUGAUAUUGGUACUGUCAUUUUUUCACUUAUGUUUCAGGAAAAAAAACAAUACAUAUUUUUUAGCUCGCCUCUUGGGUAAUACUUACUAAGAAAUUCAAAAUUUAAAAAAAUUACCACUUACUUUGAGUGACUUUAAGAUGCCUUUAACCGCUCCAUUCCAUGUCAUCUCUAGAGUUUUUCUAUCUUUGUGUAGUAUAUUAAUGCUAUUUUAAACAAAAGGACUACAAAUAUCUAAAGGUCACUUGGCAUUCUUUUUUUUUUACUACUUGUGUGUGUAUAGGAUGACUUCCUUACAUUUAAGAGGCAUGUAAAAAUGAGCUCAGUAUAUUUCUGUCUGUUUAUAUCGCUUCCCUUUUUGUAUCCUUUGUAAUUGUACAUGUUGCGUUGUAUGCUAAGAGAUGGCGCAAAAUAAAGAGGCGUGACAGCUGGGCAAACAGUGAAGGUUGUUUUGCGCCCAGCAGCCUCAACUCUCGACUCUGUCCCUGUAUGUAUUUCCAUUUAUUUGUUUUUUUUUUGUUUUUUUUUUCUUAGCAAGUACUUUCAAAGAACUCUGUACAUUUUAACAUAAAAUGAAAAUAAAUUAUGUUGAGCCAU